AAUAUCAUCAACAUCCGGGGGUCAGCCGUCCAGCUCUUCCGGCCCUGUUUAUUGUUUCUGAACCGUUUAUUAUUUAUUUGGAAACUUCAGGCUCUGGGGUUUAACUCUGUGAACUUGCACUAAGCUGGUACAAUGAGCAACAGAAGGAAGCGUGCAGCCCCGGUGCGAGUAGACGAAGAAACAAAAAAAAAGCUGAGCUGGAAUAUGUGUGAUGACUUGAAGGAUCUCCAUGCACUUGAUCGAUCAAAUGACUGUAAUAAUCCCUUAGCCUUGAGCUCAGGUCUCCCAGGAUACAGAGAGACAACCCUUCUCCAGCCUAGCAGUUUGAAACAGGAUGAGCCAUUUAAUAUCUCAGCUGUGACUCAGGUCGAGGAUGGAGAAAGUCAUCUUUUGCCAUUAAGUACCACCACCCAGAUCAGUCUUUCUGUCUCCCCUGGCCACUUGGGUGAAGAGUGGCGAGCACUGCUGCACAGGUUUACAGUCCAACUUGCAACACGGCAAGCAUUUCCAGAGGAACUGUGGUUUCUCAGCAUAGGCUUGAUGAAGACCAGUGCUGAUGAUCAGCUGCAAGUCUCAAUCAAGAGGAAAUGUGAUGAUUCUGAAAGGGAUGACAACGAAGAAUUCAUAAGCUGUGUAAGAACUUCACUCACUUUUAAGAUGCUGGAGGACCUAACAUGGCUUCAGAAAAAGAAUGUAAUUGGAUUGUUCCAAAACACAAUUGAAGACUGUCAAACACUGAAGAUUGGUGUAUAUCUUCUUGAGUCUGGUUUGGGAAAACCAGAGUUCCUGAGUGAAGGAAGCUGCAGGAUGAAAAAGACAAAUGCACUGAUGCAGAAACUCAUGGAAUAUUUUUAUGACUUAACAGUUCCAGAUUGCUCAAGUAUCACAGAAGAAGCUGAUAAAGAACGUGAAAGGGAGAACAUUGAAGAGCUUUAUGAUUUUGUAAGGCAUGCACAUCAGCAAGAAACUCUGUACAUUGAGAAAGUUCAGCACCCUUUGCUUGUCCCAACCCUCAGAUCAUAUCAGUGCAAAGCUGUCAGUUGGAUGCUUCAGAGAGAACAAUGUAGUCCUGGCUCCUCUUCAAGCAAUAAUGCCCUCCAUUUGUUGUGGAAAGAAGUCACCACAAAGGAUGAGAAGAAAAUAUAUUACAAUCCGUACACUGGCUGCAUUAUUCGUGAGCGCCCCCUGCUGAGUGCCGAUUGGCCUGGAGGAAUCCUGGCAGAUGAGAUGGGUCUGGGGAAAACUGUGGAGAUGCUGGCACUCAUUUUGACACACACACGUAAAGAAAUGAAACAGGACACUCUGUCACUCCCAGAGGGGACAUCUGUAAAUUACUACAUACCACCUCCACUGCCUGCAGCCUCUCAGAAAACAAAUAGGAAGAAAGCUGAAGUCAAACCAAAGGAAAAGGCGAACUAUCCCCGCCUGCGAGAAAUGCUAAUUUCCGCUAUAAAGGAAAUGAAGGUGAAGAAGGCAAUUUCCGUCAGUGCUAUGUAUAAGUACAUGACUGCUACCUACAAGUAUGACAUUCAGCGGAAUCGCCACCUAAUCAGGAAGACCUUAGCCAAACUUAUUGCAGAACAAAUGAUCGAACAGGUCAAAGGUCAUGGAUUAGCUGGGUCUUUUAGGAUAGGAAAGAAUUACAAGGAACAAGUGAAAAGAAAUGGAACCGAAAUACAGAAACCAAGUCCUGUGAAAAAUGUGGUGCAUGUCUUUCCAAAUAAUGAUCAAGAGGUGAAAAGAGAAGAAGACAACAACAUUGUGAAUGCCACAGACCCUGGAAAACCUUUGACAAAUGAUUCCUUCAUGUGUUUCCUGGAAAAUGAAAAUGGUGAUUAUGGGGAAACGAAGCAACAUCAGGAUUUGGUAAAACCACCAGUGAUGUCUCAGAACUUUGAUUCUAAGGAGGAUGGUCCUAAUGGGCAGUUAGAAAGGAUUCCAUCUGGACAAGGGAGCACAGAGAAUACCAGAAUUACUCCCCUGCAGCUGACAAUUAAUGAUAGAAGUGGCCCAGAAGCCCUCCAGAGAGAUUGUCAAGGAGAUCUGGAUGUGCUCCAUCACUCUAAAGCCCCCUUUACCUGUAAUAAUUCAAAGAGUCAUUUUGAAUGCAUCUGUGGAGAAAGUGGACUGGCUGAUUAUAAAGCGCGGGUGCAGUGUCUGAAGUGUCAUUUAUGGCAGCAUGCUUCAUGUGUAAAUUAUAAGGAAGAAGACAUGAAGAUCAGGCCAUUCUACUGCCCACACUGUCUUGUCACUAUGCAGCCUGUGCCAACAUCUGCAACCCUCAUCAUCUCACCCAGUUCAAUCUGCCAUCAAUGGGUGGAUGAAAUUAACAGGCAUGUGAGGUCUUCUUCCAUUUCCAUCUUGGUGUACCAAGGAGUGAAGAAGCAUGGCUUUAUCCAACCUCAUGCACUAGCAAAACAUGAGAUAGUCAUUACAACCUAUGAUGUGCUCCGAUCCGAGCUAAAUUAUGUCGACAUUCCCCACAGCAAUAGUGAUGAUGGACGCCGGUUACGCAAAGAGAAGCGGUAUAUGGCUAUUCCAAGCCCAUUGGUUGCAGUGGAGUGGUGGAGAAUCUGUCUGGAUGAGGCUCAAAUGGUGGAAUGUGCCACUGCUAAGGCAGCAGAAAUGUGUCUACGGCUAAGUGCCAUCAAUCGUUGGUGUGUCACAGGAACUCCAGUCCAAAGGAGCUUAGAAGACCUGUAUGGAUUAGUUUUAUUUUUGGGUGUAGACCCAUAUUGGGUUAAACACUGGUGGGACCAACUUCUAUACCAACCUUACUGCAGGAAGAAUCCGAUUCCAGUGUACACCCUUAUCGCAAAGAUCAUGUGGAGAACGGCAAAAAAGGAUGUGCUUGAUCAGAUCCAGAUCCCACCUCAGACUGAGGAAGUUCACUGGUUACGAUUUUCACCAGUAGAAAGGCACUUUUACCAUCGGCAGCAUGAGAUUUGUUCCCAGGAUGCACUGCAGAAGUUGAGGAAGAUUUCCGAUUGGAGUACCAAGUUGAGCAGUCUGGACAGGCGGACAGUUAGUUCCAUUCUGUAUCCCUUGCUGAGAUUAAGACAGGCAUGCUGUCAUCCACAGGCUGUACGGGGAGAGUUCCUUCCACUGCAGAAGAGUACCAUGACAAUGGAGGAACUCUUAAAGUCUCUUCAGAAAAAAUGUUGCACAGAAUGUGAAGAGGCUCAUCGGCAGCUAGUGUGCGCUCUUAAUGGAUUGGCUGGCAUUCAUAUUAUCAGAGGUGAGUUUGUAACAGCAGUUGAAUAUUACAGAGAGGUUCUGCGUUCAUCCGAAGAGCAUAAAGGCAAACUUCAAACAGACUCUUUACAGCGACUCCACGCUACUCACAAUCUUAUUGAGCUCCUGGAGGCAAACCACCCAGGGAUCCCUCCAACUCUUCGUGAUCACAAGCUUCGGGAAGAAGCUGAACAGCUUAGACAGCAUUACAUGAAUAAAUCAGAUUUGGAAGUUUCUGCUGCACGUCAAGCUUUGCCACCUGUUCAGCAAAACAUCCGUGAACUACAGCGCAAGAUUCACCCUGGGGCUCCCUGGUGGCUUGGUAUCAUUGAGUGUGUACUGCAGGCUACUCUGGACGACGAGCUGGUGACAAGGGUGCGAAAUGAAAUCUCAUGUAACUACAAACAGCAACCUAACAAACUGUCCAUGGCUGAAAAGUUCCAGGACUGUAGAGGCCUGCAGUUUUUGCUGACUGUGCAAAUUGAAGAGUUGAAGAAAUCACAGAAGUUGGUACAGGACUCUGUCAAGAAUCUAGAGGGUCCACCAUCACAAGAAGAAAUUCGACUCGCCACAGUGUGUCAUCUUCGCCCUGUCCGAUUUCCCCUGAACAAUUGCCAAUUCUGUAAAGCAGAUGAACUGUUCACAGAAUAUGAAUCCAAGUUGUUCUCACAUAGUGUUAAAGGGCAGAAAGCAAUUUUCGAAGAGAUGAUUGAAGAGGACGAGGGCCUGGUUGAUGAACGAUUGCCAACCACUAGUCGUGGACUGUGGGCUUCAAGUGAGACUGAACGUGCCUUAAAAGCCAUUUUAGCUUUUGGGAAAGCACACCGAAUUGAUACCUCAUUAGUAGAAGAAGGGAACAUCUUUAUGGAACUGUUUGAGUUAUGGAAAAAAGAAUAUAAGUUGCUCCAUGAAUAUUGGAUGGCUCUGCGCAAUCGGGUUUCUGCCAUCGAUGAAUUAGCCAUGGCAACUGAGCGCUUUCAAGUGCGUCUUCCAGGCGAGCCCAAACCAAACCUUCCUGUACUUCACAUCAUUGAGUCACAUGAGGUGGAACAAAACCGAAUAAAACUCCUAAAUGACAAAGCUGUAGCCACAUCACAAUUACAGAAGAAACUUGGUCAAGUGCUCUACCUCACAAAUUUGGAAAAGUCUCAGGAUCCCUCAACAGGCAGUGUCAAUCCAGAUCCCUGUCCCAUCUGUUCAAGGCAAUUAGGACAACAGUGGGCUGUACUGACUUGUGGACACUGCUUUUGCAAUGACUGCAUAGCCAUUAUAAUAGAACAGUACAGUAUUGGUGCUCGGCGAAGUGCUAUCAAGUGUGCAAUUUGCAGACAGACCACAGCACACAAAGAAGUCUCUUAUGUAUUCACAACUGAGGCUGCAAGCAAAGAAGACGAAUUUCCUGUUAAAGGUAGCCAUUCUACCAAAGUGGAGGCUGUGCUCAGGACAUUGAAGAAAAUCCAGCGAAAGGAGCCUGAAGCUAAGGCCCUGGUCUUCUCUACAUGGCAGGAUGUGUUGGAUAUAAUUGGGAAAGCAUUGUUGGAUAAUAACAUGGAGUUUGUUCAGAUCAAUGGACUUCACAGGUUCCAGGAGAAUCUGUCAGCUUUUAAAUAUGAUUCCAAGAUCAACAUUUUGCUACUGCCUCUCCAUACAGCAUCGAAUGGUUUAAACAUCAUUGAAGCUACCUAUGUACUCUUGGUGGAACCUAUUUUAAACCUUGCUCAUGAGCUACAAGCAAUAGGAAGAGUCCAUCGUAUUGGGCAAACAAAGGCAACUGUUGUUCAUAGGUUUCUAAUUAAAGGAACAAUAGAGGAGAGGAUGCAAAGUAUGCUUAAAAGUACUGAGAAGAGUCACAACAAGUCCAUGAUUGUGCAGUCAGAAGCCUCUGUUCUGACUGUGGGGGACCUGGCAGAUCUCUUCUCAGAGGAAGACAGAACUACAGAUGAUUGAAUGAGGAUUAUCAAAUUACACACUGAAGAUUAAUAAUGUACAUCCUCAACUUUAUUAUCUGUUCUGGAUUCUGAACAUUGUACAGAAAAGGGCUUGAUCUUCACCUGGACAAUAGUGAAUUAUAAACCGAUUGGAACCAGUAGUCUAAUCAAAUUAAGGCACAAAAAAUUCUGUGUUUUUUUUAUCAGUAAGCCCAAAUUGUGGAAUGUUAAAUACAUUAGAGAAUGUCUGGUAAGACGUUCAAUACUGUAUGAAGGACCAAGGUCAGGAUUGAAACAUUGAAACAGAAUGGGAACAAUCGACAAUGAAACAAUUGGCUCAAAGUUUGCUGUAGCAGGAUAUUAAUGGCAUCCGCCAUUAGUUAGAUUCACCCCUACAUCCUUCAGCACAAAACCCUUUUUUCCUCUAAAUAGAUAGAAAUGUAGACUGAUAAUGGGACAGUAAAAGAAAUAGGGACCUGAGUGAACAGGGCCACUGCUUAAUCAGUCAGCUGUGCAAUUGGGAAAUAAACACAGGAAGAAUUGCAGAAGUUAUAUAAGUUAAAGAGGUGAAUUCAAUGUUGAAUCAAAAAAGAAAUAUAGGGAAACAAGGAUUAGAUCAAGAGAGAGAAAAGGAGACAAGAAAAAUACUUCCAUUUCAAAUAUGCAUUUUAAAUAUUUUGUUCAAAACUGUCAUGAUUGAAGGAAUGAGAUUGCCCUGUAUUGAUUAAUUUUGGGUGACAGAGAAGCAAGUUGGCAGCAAUUACCCCUUAACAUCAUGUUAAGUGGACGCUUAUGCUUAAAAUGACCAGACUUAUCUUGCUGUGGUGAGUUCAAGAAGCAAAUAGACGUACCUUUUUAAGAAAAGGAGGGCAAGCUUAAUUCAAGGUGCUAUUGUGAUAGAGGUAAUGGAAAGAUCAAUCACCCUGGAUAGUAACUCUUGAAUGUUUACAUGUUAUCUUGCAUCUGUUCCUUGGUUUCAUUUAUGCAUUAUUUUCUUAAGUUCUGCCAUUCAAAAUACUUUGGAGGUGUGUCUGCAAUCAAGCUGAAAAUAAUAUGAAUGUAAAAUCAACUUUGAUUUUAGAAACAAUCUAUCAAAUGGGGAUGUCCAGAUGAUCUGAUAGAGUCACUGGACUCGACUCAUUUACUCUGCAUUCUUCCUGUAGAUGCUGCCAGAUCGGCUGAGUUUUGCCAACAAUUUCUAUUUCUCUUACAGAUCUCCAGCAUCUGCAAUUCUUUGUUUUAUCUCCAGAUUACUGUUGAAUAAUGAGAUAAUGGAGUUUGGGGAGUGGUGAAAUGGACUUUGGUAAGAGAGUUUUGGUAGUAGAUAACAAAAUGUGUAUUGGGGGAAUGGAUUUUGAGGAACACUGGUGAUGAAUCGAUGGACUUUGAAAAUGCUUUGAUAUUAUAGGGAUGAAUAAAUUGAUGGUUCCUUCCAAUCCACACAGUAUCCUUACUGGGAGUUGUAUUGCAGUUCCAUCACUGUUGCUGCGUCAUAGUCCUGGAACUCUUCUCCUGCACCCCCAGCAGCACUGUGGCUGUAUUUGUACUAGAUGAAUUGCAGCAAUUCAAGAAGGCAGCUCACCAUCACCUUCUGAAGGGCAACUAGGGAUAGGCAACAAAUGCUGGCCUUGCCAAUGAUACUCACAUCCCAUAAACAAACCUGAAAGAAGACAGUGUCUUGACAGUAGAACAUUUCAAGCUCAAGCUAUGACCUGGAUUAUGGUCAAGACCUGAAUCAUGGCUUGAAUCCAUGACCUUCUAAUUCUGAGGUAAGAGUGCAGCCACGUGUACCAAGCUGACACUCAAAUAUUAAAGAGAAUGCAUUUUGACAGGAGAAUUUAGAUAGUGGAAGGCAUGAGUCUUUUUCCCACUGUAUGAGUUGUAUUUCUGUACAAGAUUCAAAUAUAAAAGCUCAAACAGUAAAAUUGAUGGGACAGAAUUUUUGUUGAGAAAAAAAUGACUAAUUUUAUUUGACUGUCCAUAAUUGAGCUGCCAUCUCAGUAGCAAUAAAUAAUAUCGGUAGAAAAUUUCAUGCUAUUAAUCAGGCAGCACUGCUUGUAAUAUGUUUAUCUGAAUGGGGCUGUGUUAUUCUUUCUUCCUUGUUUAGGAGAUUGGAGAUGUAAAAUAAUUAUUUUAACUAUGAAUACAUUAUUUAUUACACAGUUUGGGAGAAAUUCCUUUUGAUAAUUUUAACAAAUGUCUUCCUGUGGCUUGUCAAUGAGAUUUCCUAUUUUGUACUCUCUAUUGCUUUUGCCAAGUUAUCAGUGGAAACUGUUUCAUUCCUCAGUACAUUAUUCAUUGCAAAGACCACAUGUUGCUUAAUAUACUUGUUUCAAAAUUUGAAUAAAAUGUUUCUGUGUGAUUUUGUUUUCACGACUGUAAGGAAAUUAGUGAGGAUGUUAGUUUGAGAUGAGCUUUUUCUUCAGCUGUUCACGUUUUGGAACUACCUUUACAUGAACCAACUAACAAGGAUUUCAGGAUUGAUACCGGAAUUAAUAUGAAAUUCUUAUGAGCUUUUACUUUCAAAUCUGCCACCAGUACUCUGGAACAUCAAAAUGCAUUGAAGCUGUAAUCAUUGAUGACGCAGGUUUUCUAUCUUGCAGCUGAAUUGAGCCACACUGCAAGAAACGUAGACUUUAUUUAGCAGUUUUCAUAACUUUAGGAUAUCU